GUUUUAAUGGAAGAUGACCCUCUCGAUCUUCGUGCUCAGAUGUGGUUCAUGCACGAUGGUGCUCCUCCGCACUUUAGUGGAUCAGAAGAAGAGGAGAGAUGUUCCUGUCGAAUAGCCCCCCAGGUCCCCCGACUUAACGCCGUGAGAUUUCUUCUAUGGAAAUCCUUAAAGAAUAAAGUUUACGCCACUCCUGUGGAAUCCCAGGAAGAAUUAUUACGGAGGAUUCAAAACGAGGCGGACAUUUCUGGAAUAGCAAUAAUAGCUGCUGGUGCUAUAGUUCUGGCAAAUGCUUCGGAAUUCAAUCACUUUGCUGAUAAUGGUUUGAUAGGACCACCAAUAGUCUUUAUUGUGGCCGGUGCUAUUGUUUUCAUAAUUGCGUUUCUGGGAUGUUUCGGUGCUAUUAAGGAAUCGUAUAAUAUGUUAAUGGCUUUCGCGGGACUAUUAUUGAUAAUUUUUAUAAUUGAACUGGCUGUUGGAAUAGCAGCUGCAGUUUACAAGGCUGAUUUUCAUAAUGCACUUAAUAGUACUUUAAGGAAAUCCAUGCAAAAUUACUCAAGUGACUCUGAAAUGAUUGCGUGGAAUAAUCUACAAAAGAAGUUCGAGUGUUGUGGUGUCGACGGACCAAGCGAUUGGGAAGCCCAUGGACAUUCCUUGCCUUUUUCAUGUUGUAAUGUAAUUGAAGGAGGGAAUGAAAAAAUAGAAAUGUACUGUAUUAAUAAUGGCGUUGGGAAAUACUUGUUCCAGGACGGUUGCUAUCAAAAACUGCAAAAUCAGAUUAAUUCUAAUGCUAAAAUCCUUAUUGGUGUUGGCAUCGGCAUUGCAUUUAUUGAGGUGGUUGGAAUAGUGCUAGCGUGUUGGUUAGCACAUACGAUAAAAAGAGAAGAUACUUCCAAAUAAGAAGAUGGAGAUGUUUUAAGUUAUCGAAAAUCAUCGUCAUAUGAAGUCUAUUAAUUUUUAAUUAAUAUAAAUAUGUGUUUUACAAAUAUCCUGAAACUGUUUUCAUAUGUUAUUUUUUCACACAUCUAAACAGAUUAUUAUCCUUAAGGAAUUAUACAAGGUGAUCCAGAAAUAAGUGCCAAAAUUUUAACCAUCUAUUUGUCAUCAAAAGCAACAAAUUUUGUCUAAUAAAUUUUUUGGAACACUAAUUUUGUUAAGUAUUUUAUACCCAUUAAAAUAACACUAACGUAUUGUAUAUGGAAAAAAUAUCUAAGUAAUUAAUGCGACUGUUUUGUGAAAUAAUUUCUUAAAAUUUAUUGCUUAAUAGUCUAAAUAUUAAUACUAGCACUAAUUAGUUAUUUAUUGUGUUUCUUUUUGUUUAUUAUUUACUCAACUAGGUGUUUAGACUUAUAAUUCAGUAACGGAUAACAGAAGCAUAAAAAUAUUUUAAAAAUUAUAUUAUCUUAAAUACUAAGAAAUUUUCGAAAAAAAUUAUUAUACAAAAGUUAUUGUUUUUGGCACUUAUUUAUGAAACACUAAUUUUUUGUUUUUUUUUGUAAUUAUAUCUAUUUCGUUCUCAUAUAUUUACAAUAACUAUAAAUACAGAUUAACACGAGUUACCUAUUAUAUUUUGUCAAAUAAAUGUACAAGGUACUUUAUUCCAUCUGUGUGUAAAACUUGUUAAAAAUUAAAGAAACUGUGCUCUGAUGAGACUGUUUAAAUACCAGUAAAUAUCUAGGUAUAGUUUGUUUUCAUAAAUGGUCACCUCAUAAGAAAAUACGAAAAUAAGAUAAAAUUUUAUAAGUACCAACACUUUUAAUUUUUUACUUAAUUUUCACUUGUAUAAUUUUUUUUGCAAAUGUGUUUAUUUUAAUAAGUUCGUAGUUAAAAUCAGUUUGAGAUUCACUCUGAUCAUUAAGAAGUAUGUAUAACUAGAUACAUAGAUAUUUCAAUAUAAAAGUGAUAGAAACAAACGUUAUUGAAGAAAACUGUUUUAAGUUUUUUCAAUGAUUUAAGAAAUAAAUAUUUUAAAAUAUUUGGGAAUUCAUAGUUCUAUUUACUGGUUCAUUUUUAAAUUCUGUUGUUCUGUUGCAAACAAAAUAAAAUCUAUCAGUAUAAUUUAAUAUUUUAUGUGUCACUAAUUGCAAAUUAAGUCUUUUUAUAAAAUGCCUAGGCAUUGACUGACUAGUCAAAUUAUAAAAUGAUGUAGGUAUAAAUAGAUUUUUUACAGUUUGAUUAAAAAUUCUAGGCGUUUUACAAAAUUGCGAAUAGUUAUGUCUUAUUGUAAAAUGAACACAAAAACCAAUAUUUUUACAUAGCACCUAGAAUAAAUAGAACAUAUUCAGACAUAUUAUAAUGAGACUGCUCUGGAGUUAGGCUAAUUGGAAGGCAGGCGCGAAUUAUUAAUUUUCUAGUUUCUAGGCUACUUUUCUGCUUCUUGUCAUGAGUUUGUACCGUGGUAUGAUAUCAUAUAAACAAACGCUAAAUUAACAGUAGGUAGAUAUUGUUUUGCUGUUUUCACUUCAAAAAUUAGGGUUUCACGAUGUUAGAAUGCCCAGAACGGAGCUUGUUCAAAUAAGUAAUAUAAUUUAUAAUAUAAUAAUAUAUAUUUUAAACUUUGGGAAGGGCAUCGAGCUCUCUAGGGGCUGCCCCUUAACCCCCUUCCCCUCCCCCCGUGUAGAAACUAAACGUACCCUCUUGAGCUCUAUCAAUUACAUUAUAAAUUUGGCACAGAAGAGUUUCUAUGGAUGCUGCACAUAGUAUAACAGUGUAUAUUAAAAUUAUAUGGGAUGUAAAUAAAACAAGCACUCAAGCACUUAAUCACCGUUUACUUGUUUUUUACCUAAUUUGAAAUGUCAGUGAAAAAAGAGGUAAAUGUUCUUUUUUUAAUAUUUUGCCAUAAUAAUUUUUAUUUCAAAUUGUGUUUUUAAUUCCAUGCAGCAAUACAACAGAAUCUUGAUUUUGAAAUAUUGUCUUUGAUUAUAAGUUAUAAAUUAAUAAAAAAAUAAGUUUUAAAACCAUUGAAAGUGUUAGCAGGAGCAGGGAAAAAUGUUAAAACCAUUGAAAGUGUUAGCAGGAACAGGGAAAAAAUGGGAAAUAUGUUGAUAAUACAGAAAUAAAAUCCUCCAUCCUGCUUCAGGGAUUAGUUAUGAAUAGCUACCAAAAAUUAAAGUUCGAAACAUUUUCGAGAAGAUCGACGUUUCGAGCCCACUAUUUUAUAUAAAAAUUGUAAAUAAAGAUGUAUUUAUUUAUUCAAAAGGAUCGUAUAGGUACGUAAAUAUGUAUAUAAAAGUAACGAAUUUGUAGAAAGUGCUGAAAGUAUAUAACUUUUAAAAUAUCCAUUUAAUGAGAAAUUAAAUUGUUUAAUAUAUUUUUCUUUAAUGAACAUGUAUUUUCGUUUUAUUGAGACAGACCAAUUUAAAAAAAAAAGAAAUAGAAUCUCACCAUGUUAUUUUCAUGCAUGCGAAAGAGCGUCAGCAAGUUUAUUCUUCGUUAAAUGUUACAAUUUUUAGUUAAUUUAGUUAAUAUGUACAGCUACACAUAUACCUAUAAUUAUUUCUUCAUAUCCAUAUUGCUUUUGUUAUUAAUUUAAUAACAACUGAAAUAAAUUUAGUCGAUUAUGUCAACUAUAAAGUGCACUGAAGCAUUGAAUAAAAUAAAACAAAAUGAAACACACAUUUUUCAUUAAAUGAACUAUUAGUUUGCAUUAAAAAUGUGAUCAUAUUAGAGAAUAAAUAGUAUCUACCUAUACAUAAUUUUUUAAUGCAACGUAAUGUGGACAUGUUAAAUGUUUAAGACAACUAAAUGUUUUCUGCUUUGCAACAUUUUGCUAAAUCUCUGCGUCACACAUGCGCGUACGUAUUUAUCGAAUUUUUACUAUUAUGCGAUCUAUUAUGCCGAGUUAUUCGUCAUUUAUCAGAUACCUUACUCCACACACACGAUUUUUCGUUAAGUUCAGUUGAGACCGGAAAAUCGGCGAAUAGCGACCCAAAAUAUCAUUAUAUUGACAUCAUUUAUUUUAAAAGUUAUUAACUUUUCUGAAGAUAUAUAGUAAUGAUGUAACAAUUGCAGUAAUGUUUUUAUUGUUGGUAUACAUGCUUCUAAAAAAAUAGAAAAAAAGACAGUCUAAAUAACUUGCUCUUUUUCUAUAAGUA